AUGGUUGCAUUAGGACCUGCUCUUGGUUUUUUAAUGGGUUCUGCACUUCUUUCUCAAUGGAUAAAUAUUGGUCAUAAUCAAAUUCCAAAUGGUAUAACAACAAAUGAUCCUCGUUGGAUUGGUCGUUGGUGGGCAGGAUUUCUUGUAUCAGCAAGUUCAUUAACAAUUUUGUCAUUUUUUCUUUGUACAUUUCCUGCAAAAUUACAACGAGAUAUUAAUCAAACAGUCGAAUCAAUAGAUGAAACACAAUCAACCAAUUCAGUAUUUGCUCUUGGUCAAGCUGCAACACGACGUCAUACAUUACCCAAAUUAACAAAUUCAACUCAAUGUAAAUCUUUAUGUCAAAUAUCAAAAAUAAAAGAUAUUUUUACAAGUAUAACUGAUCUUUUAAUGAAUUUCACAUUUCUUUUAAUUGUUUUGAUUAAUUCAGUAGAAAGUAUACUUGUUGUAUCAUUUACAACAUUUAUGGUAAAAUAUAUUGAAUCUGUAUUUAAUUUAUCUUCAUCAUUGUCAAGUACAUUAACUGGUUCAAUUAUUGUUCCAGCAGCUGUAUUUGGUACAUUUACAGGUGGAUAUUUAGUUCGUCGUUUUCAUAUGGGUAUUCUUCAAUGUAUAAAAAUGAUUUUAAUUACUUGUUCAAUAUCAUGGUUCGGUUUAAUUGCACUUUUAUUUUUAAAAUGUCAAUCAACAACAAUAUAUAAAGAACAAAUAACUUAUCUUUCACCAUGUCAUGCUGGUUGUAUAUAUAUAAAUGGAACAGAUUAUUCAAAUUGUACAUGUUUACCAAAAGGACGAAAUGUUCGUUUAGGUUCAUGUCAAAAUAUAUGUUUUACUGAAACAUUUUUAUUUUUAUUAAUAUUAUUUAUUGUAACAUUUUUUCAAACAUUAAUGGCAACACCACAAUUAAUAAUAAUAUUACGUUCAGUUCAACAUGAACUUCAAUCAUUUGGUUUAGGUUUAGAAAAUUGUAUUAUGAAAAUUCUUGCUCAAAUUCCUGCACCAAUUUUAUUUGGAAUUAUUAUUGAUAAUCAAUGUUUAUUUUGGUCACAAGCAACAUGCGAUCGUCGUGGAUCAUGUUUUAUAUAUAAUGGAGAUCGACUUCCAUUUACAUUAUUUGGUACAGCUAUUAUUAUUAAAGGAAUUUCAUUUUUUCUUUUAAUUAUUUUACUUAUUGUCACAAUAAGACAACAUAAAAUACCGAAUAAUCAACCUUCUUCUCCUCCUCCUCCUUCUUUGACAUUACAAUCUCCAGAACAAGAAGAUCCUUUAAUUAUUUCAACUUUAUAG